AUGCAGAACCCUGCAGAGGAUGAAGGAACCCUCAAGCGAAGACAUUCGUCUCAAAAGCAAGUCAAACCACACAGGUCACGCAGCAAUAAGAGGUUCCCUGAAUGCAGCAUCCCUACCGCAAUCUCUGCCUUCAAGAGAGGCCUACUUUCAGACAGAAGGCUCUACAAAGAGCUAACUAUGUACCGUUACAAAACCAUGGAGGAUGUGCUAUCCCGAGCGUGGGCACAGGGUAAGUGGGAAGAGGACGUCGCUAGCCGCGCCAAGGUCAACCCAAACAGGAUCAGAGGUCCACCCGAUCAGACCGGGGAGACCGAGAAGAAAGAUCCUCCCAAAGGGAUCCAAGGACUCCAGAAGCAGGAACCGGGGCAGGUUCCAAUACCGGCCACUAGAAAAAGAAGAAGGGAUGACUGUGUCUACCUGGCCCGAUAUAUCCCAUCUCUCAAUAUCCACUCCAGAGCUAGUCAACACGCUGAGGCAGAUCGCCACAAAACUGAAGACUGUGUCGCACUGAAGAUCAACGAACUGCUCCAAAAGGGGCAUCUCCGAGAAUUCCUUUCAAAGAAAGCCAAGGCUCAUCUUAGCAAAGAAGUAUCAUGGAAAUCCAAAGGAGACGCACCAAGCUCACCACCUCGCCAGGAUCGGGUGAUUCAUGUCAUCUCAGGAGGCUCUGAAGUAAGUGGCGUGAGCCAUACAGCUGCGAAGAAGAGCACCCGUAAUGCUAAACACAGCCUGGAGACUGCUCAACCUAAACGCCUACGUCUAGGUACCUACGAGAUAAGCUUCACAGCCAAGGAGCAAGAGAAGAUAUUAGCUCUCCAUCAUGACGCUCUAGUUGUCUCUCUCACCAUAGCGAACUGUUUGGUGAAAAGAAUACUAGUAGACAACGGGUCCUCCAGCAAUAUCAUCUUCCUGACGGCGUACCAAGACCUGGGGUUAGACAAGAAUACCCUGACGCGCAAAGUAACUCCACUCAUAACGACGAGGUCAAGCAAACCGCUGGGGAGGUUGUUCUACCAGUAUAUGCUGAAGGGAUCUACCUAUCUACCAAAUACCUGGUUGUGGACUGCCAAUCGGCAAACAACAUGA